AUGACCAAUUUUGGGGACAAUCAAAUGAAGAGCGUGGACUCCUGGAUCUCAGUGGAAAUAAACCGCGAAUUGAAUUGCAAAUAUCCUAACAGCAUCAAAGCGCUGCAGCUGACCCAGCAGCUAAUCGCCCAGGCGAAGGAGCGUCUGGGGAAACGGCGCAACUCCAAGGAAGUGGAGAAGGUGCGCAAGAGCAAGAGCAAGUCCAUCAGCCAAAUGCCUCGCAAGCCCGAGGUCAAGGAACUGAAGCUGUACGAGACAGUCAUUAUUCCCGUGUUCGGCCGCUAG